AUGUCACGAGAAGAGCUGUUGGUCUUGCGAAAGACCCUGAAAGACCUGCUGGACAGAGGAUUCAUCCGAGCGAGUAGCUCAGCGGCUGCCGCGCCGGUGCUGUUCCGCGACCGAUACCCACUGCCCUCAUCGCGGAGACCCUGCAGAAUCUGGCCAAGGCUAAGUGGUUCACCGUUGGACGUGGUGGCCGCUUUCCAUAAGAUCCGCAUGGCUCCGGGACAUGAGGAAAGACUGCAUUUCGCACGAGCGUACCUGGAUGAUGUACUGAUCUACUCGAGCGGUUCGAAGGCGGAUCAUGAGGCUAAGGUGCGACGAGUUCUCCAAGCACUCGCCGACGCUGGGCUGCACCUAGACCCAGCGAAGUGCGAGUUUUCGGUACAAGAGGUCAAAUACCUUGGGUUCAUCGUCAACGCAGGGAAAGGAAUCGCCUGCGACCCCGAAAAGCAGCGCGCCAUCCGCGAAUGGGAGGCCCCGACCACGGUGAAGGGUGUCAGAAGCUUUCUGGGCUUCGCCAACUAUUACCGGAUCUUCAUCCCCGACUAUGCCAAGAUCACGCAGUCUCUGGAUGCCCUGCUUAAGAAAGGAACUGCCUUUCAUUGGGGACGAGCGGAGAACGAGGCGUUUCAGGAGCUGAAGCGACGAUUUUGCGAGUCACCGGUGCUCAAGCAGUGGGACCCGAGCCUCCUGACCUUUUGGAGACGGAUUGCUCAGGCUACGCAUUGGGAGGCGUCCUGUCGCAGGAAGCGACUUUCGCCAGCGGAGUACAACUAUCCCAUUCACGACAAGGAGAUGCUUGCCAUCAUGAGAUGUCUCGACAACUGGAACGCCGAACUUAGGAGCUGCGGCCCAUUUACAAUCCUUACCGAUCACCGCAACCUGGAGUAUUUCAUGACACGCCAGAAGCUCACGGAACGGCAGAGCCGUUGGGCAGCCGAAUUGUCCCAGUUCGACUUCAAGCUCGAGUAUCGACCGGGAAGCGAGGCUGUCGUGCCUGAUGCGUUGUCCCGCCGUGAACAAGACAAGCCACAGGGCAUUGACGACGAGCGGGAACAAGGAAGAAUGAUACAGUUGAUACCGGAUAGUGCCAUUCCAUCAUCGACAAGAGCAUGUAUCAACGCGAUGAGUUCUGACUGUUCAGAGGCAUCCACCCUGCCGAAGAUGAAGGUCUUCGAGGUAGCGGACCUGCAGCAACUCUGGGACGAAACGGUGGCGAAGGACUCGAUAUUCCGGGCAGCCUAUAAGGCAGUCCGCGAUCGCGAGCGUGCCUUCCCGCCCUCGCUGGGCCUGAAGAUCCAGAUUUCAGAAUGUGCGAUCGACGCAGGCAAAGGCUGA